ACUUCCGGGACAAACGCGAAAAGCGAAAAAUACACCUAACAUCUACAAAGACUAGGCGAAACCGGGACAACGGGGCCAAACCGGGUCAGGUCUGGGACACAGCGGGCACGAGCAUCAGGAGCACGCCCCAGGACACGCGCACGACAAUGUUGAGGAGGAAACCAACUCGGAUCGAGCUGAAGAUCGACGACUGUGAGGAGUUUGAGAGCAUCAAGAAAGAACUGGAGGCUCGAAAACGCCAGCGCGAGGAGGCGGAGUCUGGAGCCUCAGACAUCACUGACAUCAUCGCGGGCGGAGGAGCCUCAGCAUCGACGUCAUCAUCUUCGAGAGCGGAACUUAUCAACGAGCGAAUCGGCUUCAAGCCCCACCCCAAACCCAACACGCUGCCCGGGCUCUUUAACUCACUGCAGUUUUAACCUUUAACCUCCCUCUGGAAACAAGUCUGCAACAGAACUCUGCCUGCCCUGGAUUCAGCGGCCAAUCAGAGCCCGGCC